CGACAAAAACAAACCCAACCCAUCCAUCGACAACCUAACGCCACUGCCUCUCCAUCUUGACCAUUCUUUUCCUUCCCUGAGCAUUUUAUCUCCUCAUCCACCCGCUCCCCCCGCCCUCCAUUUCACACCUCUUGCUUUUCACUCUCCUUUCUCCGCCACUUCCCACUCAGUCACUCUCAUCACCAGCACCUGCCGGAGCCUCCCGCCGGCACAAAAGCCAUGGCGUGCUCAGCUACCUCCGCCGCUCUCAUCUCCUCCUCCAUCCCUGCCACCAAAUCAAUGGCUUCUCCCUUAUCUAAAACCCUAGCCCCUCUUCCCAACUCCUUUUUCGGCCUCCGCAAGCCCCUCUUCCAAUCUUCCGCCUUCGCCAAUGCUCGCUCCUCCGCUAACCUCGCCCGCAGGGAGAGCUUUGUCGUCAAAGCCACUAGUGAGCUUCCUCUGGUUGGAAAUGUAGCUCCUGACUUUGAGGCCGAAGCUGUUUUUGACCAGGAAUUCAUCAAGGUUAAGCUCUCCGAAUACAUUGGGAAGAAGUAUGUUAUCCUUUUCUUCUAUCCAUUGGACUUCACCUUUGUCUGCCCCACAGAGAUCACUGCUUUCAGCGACCGACAUGCAGAAUUUGAGAAGAUCAACACGGAAAUUUUGGGUGUCUCAGUUGAUAGUGUGGUAAGUUGAAGUCUUUAAGAGUAUUAUGUGAGUGAAUACGUGCAUUUGUUUGCAAAUGUGCUCUUUCUGGCAUAAUCCUUACAUAGAGAAAUGAUUCUCCUCAUCUUGGAAUGAAAUUCCAUGUAAGUUAUGAUAUUGUCUUGACAAUCUCCAUGCCUUUAGAAUCAGAAAACUCUAUAUAAGUCACAUAUGCUUGCAUCCAGUGACAACCAAAAGUUUUUAGUUUUAAAGUUUACAUGUUAGUUUAAGCUCUGAAAAUGCUUUAACAUGUUCUAAUCAUUUGUUGUCACAUUGUAGUUCUCGCAUCUUGCUUGGGUCCAAACUGAUAGAAAAUCAGGCGGCCUUGGCGAUCUGAACUAUCCUUUGGUAUCUGAUGUCACUAAAUCAAUCUCCAAAUCAUUCGGAGUCCUUAUUCCUGACCAGGGAAUUGCUUUGAGAGGACUUUUCAUCAUCGACAAGGAGGGAGUCAUCCAGCACUCGACAAUCAACAAUCUCGCUAUUGGGCGGAGUGUUGACGAGACACUAAGAACGCUUCAGGCGUUGCAGUAUGUGCAGGAAAACCCAGACGAGGUGUGCCCAGCUGGGUGGAAGCCUGGGGACAAGUCGAUGAAGCCUGACCCAAAAGGGAGCAAAGAGUACUUUUCGGCAAUAUAGAGCUGGGGGGAGUAUAAGCCAAGUAUUUGAUUAGAGCAUUGUUCAUUGGGAAGCUGGUGUAAUUGAGGUUUUUGUUUUUGUUUUCGUUUUCACUCUCUAUACUCUGUACUUUUUAGCGGCGAGACCUCUUGGAGUGCCCUUUUCGCUAGAAUAAUCGCAUUGGACGAGUGCAAAGUUGAAACAUUUUCCUGUGUAACGAAUGGAAAAAAGAAUACUGAUUUUUUCGGUUCAUAAUGAUGGGUUUAAUUAGGUUUUCUUUUUGGGUUCAUAA